CAUGACUUCAACAAUAACAGACAAACCCAACAACAAAGACUCGCAGCUUUUGGUUUGUUUUGUUUUUUUAAAUUCCCAGCUGGGAAGAAAUGCCAGCCAGAGUCUGCACUUGCAAUCCCGUGAACUUUUUCCACUAUAUAUGACAAAACCAAUAAUGGUGGCAUUCAGAAUGUGGGUGUUUGGGGGGAAUUCAGAAUGCUGAAAAUGAGAGCUCCGAUUUGGGUCUUGGCCUGUGUGAUGGCAUUGGGAUUUGCAGGUGGCCAUGGCGGAGGGGAUUCGAACACGGUACCUGCGCUACCUGUGGUGGAACAGCAGCAAAACCAGCACAAAGAGAGUUGUCCUCUGGAUCUCUCUGAUGAGCUCUUCGGAGGAGUGGAGGAGGCCUGUGGGGAGGGCAGAACGCUGGAGCGGAGCCGCUGCUGCCCUGUUUUGGCCGCCUGGCUUUACGCCGCCCAUGCCCGAACUGCGCUUCAGCCCUCGGCGGCGCCGCCACUUUCAUCCCCCGCCGCCGACCAGAUGAUGCCUGUCCUCCCUGAUGACUCUCAGGCCUGCGUGAACAGUCUCCAGUCUUCUCUUGCCGCCCGGGGAAUUCACAUUCCCCGCCCCAACGCCACCUGCGAUGCAAUUCUCUGCUUCUGCGGCAUCCGCCUCCACCAGCUCACCUCCCUCACCUGCCCCACUGCCUUCAAUGUCUCCUCUCCUGGUUCUCUGCAACACCGCAAUGCCUCUGCCCCCACGUCUGCGGUUCGAGCCCUCGCGUCCAACUGCACUGACCCAUCUUUCCAGGGAUGCACCCAGUGCCUCCGGGCCCUUGAUAAGCUCAAAGGCAGGCAGGGCAGAAAUGGGGGGAUUUCCGAAAGGACCAGUCGAAUGUAUAACAGAGACUGUGAAUUAAUGGGCCUCACUUGGUUGCUCGCCAAGAACAAAACGGCUUACAUUCCCACGGUUUCUGCAGUUCUGAGAGCCGUAAUGUACACAGAUCAUCCACUACGGGAGUCUCAGUGUAGUCCAGAUCAAGAGAACAUGCCCCUGGCUGUUGAUUCUGAUGAGCUCCAACAAUCUGCUGCCACAACACCCACAAUGCCUUUGCUGUUGCCCCUGCUUCCUCUCCUUCUGAUGCUGCUGCCCGGUUUGAAGGGCUUUUAAAACAUUAUUAUUAGAUCCACAGGGCGCCUGAAAUUCUCUCUCUCGCUUUCUGUAAAAAUUUUGGCCCGUUUAUAGAAGGCCCGUGUCUAUAUUUGUAUGUCUUAAUUUGUUGACACAGUUUAUAUCUCAGAGAAAUCGUGUAAGAUUUAAUGGGUGAGUGAUGACAGCUCUGUGUACCUCGUGUAUGUUAUAAAUGUCACAGAAUUCUACAACGAGAAAGCCCUGAGAAUUUAAUGUUACAGAAUCCAAACCAGCGAGUGUACAUUGUUAAAUAACGGUAUAUUUAUUGUUCUGGGAAGUCGUUAGUUUCUGUUA